AGUACCGAGGUCAGCGGCCGGGCCCCGCCCUGCCCGCCCUGCAGGCCGCACCCCCCGCAGGCUGGCUGCCCCGCCGUCCGGCACACCACACCCCACGCUCUGGCGCAUUUCCUGCAGCACAGCCAGGCGCGGAUCCCCGGCGCUGGAACAGGUGACAUCAGGAGAGGCAGCGGUGACGGACUUCGUGCGGCUUGCUCUCCGGAAUUCUGCAGCUGAGGGGUGGAGUCUGGGUUGUACGGCGAGCCAACCGCGAGCGUCUAUGCAAAUAGGGGCUGGCCCCGCCCCCAGACGCGAGCUCGGCCCUCCGGCCUCCGUCCGACCCCGGCCCGCGCGCUCCAGCCGCGAUGCCGCACGCGCUUUGCGCCCGGCCGUCGGGGGACGCCCGAGCGCCCAGGUCCCGCGCACGCCCACCCAGGAGCGCCCGCAGCCCCGCACUGCCGGCCCCGAGGCCCGGGUGAGUAUCAUUUCGGCGCCCCCAGGUCGGGUAGCCCCCGCUUCCCGACACUCCUUCAUCGGGAUCCCAGCUGCUGCGCAGACACUGCUGCCUGGGGUCCCUGAGCGCAGCGCCCGCCGCCGGCAGUGCCAGCCUGGGGCCCGGGAGCUCCGGCCGAGGACCCGGAAGAUUGUGUUUGAGGAUGAGCUGCGCUCCCGGGCUCCUCUGCACCCCGAGAAGCGCCCCGAAGGUCGGGGACCCAGCCCUCACUCAGUGCCGGACUAUGAACUCAAGUACCCAGCACUGAGCAGCCAGAGGGCCCGGAGCCGCUACGCAGCAGUGUUCCACGACCAGUACGGAGAGUUCUUGGAACUGCAACGACAGGUGGGGGCCACACACGUCAAGCUCCAGCAGCUGAAAACCCUGCUAACGUCACUGCCUGCACCCCAAAGCCAGAAGGAAGCUCGGCUGGUAGCUCGUGUCUGGAGAGAGUUUGAGAGGAAACGCGUGGAUCCUGGCUUCCUGGAUAAGCAGGCUCGCUACUGCUACCUGAAGGGUAAACUGAGGCACCUCAAGGCCCAGAUCCGAAAAUUUGAUGACCAAGGGGAAAACAACAGCGACAGCUCUGUGUACUUCUGAGUAUCCUGAUGACCCAGUGGCUGGCCCCUCCUCUGGACCCCAACUCUGACCCCAUGGAGACCCUGCCUCAGUUCUAGUGGAAUUCCUCAAAAUCCCAUAGAAUAAACACGGGUUAGAGGCCUACUGUGUACAAUU